CGAGGCUCGCCAGGAUCCGGGCAGCCAAGAGCGGAAGCGCAAACGCCUACAUGCAGAGCAAACGGAAUGGCUUACUCAGUAAUCAGCUGCAGUCCUCAGAGGAUGAGCAGGCCUUUGUUAGCAAAUCGGGCUCCAGCUUUGAAACUCAGCACCACCACCUGCUUCACUGCCUAGAAAAAACCACGAAUCAUGAGUUUGUGGAUGAACAAGUCUUUGAAGAAAGCUGCAUGGAAGUUGCAACAGUUAAUCGUCCUUCAAGUCAUAGUCCCUCCCUCUCUUCACAACAAGGAGUCACCAGCACUUGCUGUUCACGACGACAUAAAAAAACUUUCCGCAUCCCAAAUGCCAACAUCUCGGGAAGCCACCGAGGCAGUGUGCAAGAACUCAGUACCAUUCAGAUCAGAUGUGUGGAAGGAACCCCACUAUCUAACAGCCGAUCCAGUUUAAAUGCCAAAAUGGAAGAGUGUGUUAAACUAAACUGUGAACAACCUUAUGUGACUACAGCAAUAAUAAGCAUCCCAACACCUCCAGUAACCACACCAGAAGGAGAUGACAGGCCGGAGUCUCCUGAGUAUGCAGGAGGAAAUAUUGUCAGAGUGUCUGCACUGUAAGACAAUCAAAAUCAGGUCUAAGAGAAUUUGAGCACUGGCUGUGGAAAGAAUCCCAAUGAAGAAGAAAGAAGAAACAAUAAACCUUUUGCAGAUUAAGACAGCAAAGCAAAAAGGUUGGUAGUGGAAAAAAAAAAAAAAAAGAAAGUUUCCAAACUUGAGGAUGUGAAUAAAACCACCACAUGGCAUUUCUAGACAGAGUUUAACCUGUUAUACAGAGAAAUAUUCUGUGGCCCUUUGACUUUGUGAAUGAGCACAAUGAAAUGCCGCCUAUUGAUGCUUCUUAUGAUCAGAACUCUUUUAUAAUAAGAUAAAUAAAUCUUUGAACAUAAUGUUUCAGUUGAAUGCAAAACAAAAAAAAUAUGGAAAACAUUUUGAUAAAAAUUUUUCCUGUUAAAUCCAUGAACAUUGGCUAUGAUGAAGAUUAUUACAUUAAAAAAAAUCAUACAACAUGUUUGUACUGACUGAAGGAAACCAUCAUAAUGCAUGCUAGAAUUCUUUGGAGCAGUGAUCUCAGUUUCCUUAUGUUGUCUUCAGAAUAGGCAUGAUAAACUAUAAUUGUAGAAAGGGGGAAUUUCUGUGCACUUACAACAAGCUGACUGUUCAUGUUCAAUGGUGGGCUGUCCUAACAAGCUCCUUUUAGAACUGCAGUAUUUCUCAUGCGGAUGCCCAGUAGUAAACCUAAAAUGUUCAGAUAGUUCAGCAUUAUCGUUUAACCUUGCACCUAGAUACUGUUACAACUGCAAUAAUUCAUUGUACACCUGUUGUAUCAGGAAUCAGGAUUUUUUUGUCGUUGUACUUUCCGGAUCUUCAUAGAUACAGUAAAAGCCACAUUCAUAGAAAAAAUUUCUAGUGUGGCUAGGUUUUAGGUAACUUUUUAAUCCAAAACUAUUGUGCCAUAAAUGUUUUUCAGUAAUAUUCUUUGGUCUACUGUAUUCUUGUGACACAGUGCAUUAUCUGUUCCUGUAUUUCUAUAGCACCUUUCUAUUGGGUUUAUUGUCAUCAACUGGACUAAUGUUUAUUGUAGUUCAAAUGACUUUCCUACUUUUGUAUUCUCCCCCCAAAAUUAUCUUGUAAGUAGAUUAUCAUCAAUCCCCUUGUCAAAACUAGAAAAAAGGAGUUGACAUCUAUGAAUUAUUGCUAAUGUCUUUGCUGUUCAUGGAAAAGCCCAGAUACUGGAUAUAUCACUAUGUGUUUCAUGAAAAGAGUUGGCUGGGACUAAUAUCACAGGAUCAAUGAUCUCAGAAUUUACUUGAUGUAUUAUUUAUUUUGCUUUAGAUCUUGAAUACAUUUUGAGACUAACUAAUGUGAAUUGAAAUGCAGAGAUAAACUGGAGUGCUUUAUGUAGCAAUAUUUUGAUGAAAGCACGCUUUCUAUACCAUUCAGGAAGGCGCACAAAUUUAUCUCAGAAAGUUUCCUGUAUACUGCAAGAUGCAAUUUUCUCCAGUAAAUCAGGAGAACAGGAGUUUGAUGAUGCAAAGUUGAUUUCUAUGUACAUUUAAGUGAAAAGUCUUUAUACCUUUUCACCCUUUAAAUAUAUCAGCAGACGUGUCUGCACGUGACGAUGUAAAAAAGUUUUAUGUCAAAUGAGAAGUUUUGUUCAUUCCAAGCCACCACUGUAAGGAAUAAAGCUUAGCUUCUGUACAUGAAAAGAGUUAAUAAUUAUCUCUCUAUUAUAGAGAUUUUAAAAUGCUUCUUGUAAUUUAUCAUAAAAAGAAAUUAAUCCAACCAUUUUCAAGUAAAGCCAGAAAUGUUUGCUUCCCAUGUCUAGACUAGCUCCUAAAACAGUGCUGUACACACAAUAGGUCUUAAUAAACGUUUGCUGAGUGAAAGUAAGAGAAACUCAACUAUCUCUUGGGAAGUACUGGCUUCAUUCCUCAUUAUGUCUCUUAAAAAGUUACUAACCUUCCAGCAGCGUGAAUAUUAACAAUUAUAUUAACACCUGCCUGUUGUCACUUUAUGCUUCUAGAGCAAAUGUAUAGUGAAACUUCUUCG